CACCAAAAUGUGCAGUAACAUUUAUUUGACAUUAAACUAGUUAAUAGGCGACAGUUGUAAGUAGGUACUGUCAUCUAAGUUCCUAACCUUAAAAUGUCUAUAAGAUAUAUCCUCAGGUCCUCCAAAGUUUAGUGCUUUCACCAACACGAACCAGGAGGGGUCAAAAAUAUUACCUUUAGCAUAACUGGCUUCUCAUUCAAAGAUAUAGCUUUCGGCACGCCAUCAAGUCAAUAUGCCACCUACACCUGAACUGGACCUUUCGGUUUGUUCUCCUAUAGUGAGCCUAAAAAAUCAACUUCAAUCGAAGUGGAAUCUGAUCUUCUCAAAAACGAGUGAUACUGCAUGGAUCUCUUUCAAACCACAGCUUGGCCUUCAUGUUUACCCCUGUUAUGCCUGUAGGGACAUGUUUGUCUCUAAAGUCACUUUUCAAGAUCAUGCGAAUCGAAGAGUUAUUGUGAUUAAAUAUGACUGUGGAGAAUGUAAUCAGACAUUCACCUUCUACAAUCGAUGUUCUUUCCUUUUACAUGCUCGUAGUCAUUUUGCUCUGGAUGAAGGGAAAAUUGAUUUGAAUAAUAUAGAAAUUUAUAAUAUGCCAUUUGGAAUGAUGGGAUUUCUACCACACCCAGGUAUCAAUAUAUUGUUUGACGGGGAUGAGGAUACUAUUGAAGAAAAUUGUUAUGUAAAUGCACAGUUCUAUAGUCCUGAUGAAAAUGAAAGAGGCAAACAAAUAGUUACACUGAGACCAAAUGAUCUCUUAUUUUGCGGGGCAGGAGAGCAGUCUGUAAUGGUUCAAUUGACCCUAAAACAGAUCAGUACCAAUAUACCUUUGUGUCAGUUUGUAACUAUAGAUUGUCAGAAAAAGUUGAAACAAAACAUUCCUACUGCUAGCUUAAGAGUUAAAGAAGAGUUACCAGAUCCUGACGAUAAUUCACAAUCUAGUGAAUCCCCUCCCGCUGAAACUUUAAUUCAAUUACCUGUGAUAUCCAAAAUUGAAUCUUUGAGCACUGAUGAUCUCUCAACAUAUCCUAAAUGCCCAGAAUGUAAGCAAACCCAGAGAUGCCCAAUGCAAAUGCAUUUUAUAGGUAGAAAUAUACCUUUUGAUGAGAAACUAAAAUGCUCCCUUUGUAAAUAUGUUUCUUCAACUAGAUGUUCAUACUCGGCUCAUGAGAGAAUACACUCAAAUACUUCUCCUUUCAUCUGCCCAGAAUGCGGGAAAAAAUUUGAAUCUAGAGAAUACUUGAUGAAGCAUCUUGAUGAUGUCUGUUUCCACUUAGCGAAACAAGUGAGAAUCAGAUGCCCUGGAAAAAAAUGUGGCAAACUUUUCGCUACUCCAACGACAUUUUCUGUUCAUUUCGGACAACAUAUCAAAUCGUGGCAACAGUGCAGUGUUUGCAAACAAACAUUUGAAAAUAUGCUCGCAUUCUCAGAGCAUGCCAAGAUUCAUUCAAACCUUUGUUCCCCAGAUAAAGUGUACAAAUGUUUGGGUUGCAAGAUAGAUGGGUGCAUAAUUUUUGAAGACAAUGUGAAACAACAUUUAGACUAUCACACUGGAGAUCGAAGCAGAUAUAUGUAUGUGUUUGUAUGUAAAUUCUGUAGAAAUUAUUUCAGAUCAACAGCCACAUAUGCCGCUCAUUUGCUGAAGUGUCAGAAAAUGCAAACAAUGAGAAAACAGGUUAAUUCAUAUUCUGUAGAUCUUUGUGUGCAGUGUCACAGUCGAAUAAUUUUUUAUGAUGGUGAAAAUACAGUUGCUUGUACAAAAUGUAGAUAUAUAAAUUCCUUGUAUCAGAGUCAAAAUGACAAUUCCACUACAAGUGCAAACAUUCAAGCUAUCAAAGAAAAAAGUAUUACGCCAAAAGUACAUGUUUGUUUAUUGUGCAGAGAAGAAUAUCCAAUCGAUCAAAAGGAAGAGCAUCAAUCCAAUUGUAUGUAUGGAACACCGCAGGUGGUUGUUGAGAAGCUUCACAAUGAAAUUUCCCAAUGCUCAUUCACUUCAUUAGAUGAUACUGCCAUUGAAUAUGAAAAUAGUGAGGCUUCAGAAAAAAAAUCAUCUUCAGAAAGUGAUAUGAAAGACACCUCGAUGGAACAAACAGAUAUUGAUUGCUCUCUCAAAUUAAUCAAAAAUGUCUCUCCAACCACUCAGGAUAGUUUGAAAAAGAAAAGAAAGAGAGCACCAUUUGUCUUUCGCACAAAGAAAGUCUUUUUAAGUAGUCCUCCAGAGAAAAUUAUUGAUUUGCAAGCUGAAGAACCGAAACCAUUCGAUGGAACGUAUUAUUGCAAAAUGUGUGAAUUUCAAGAUAGUGAAAGAGACAAAUUUCACCACCACAUUAUCAGUCACAGGCAUAUUCCCACUGAUUAUCAAUGUAUGGAAUGUGGAGAGUGUUUUGUUGUGAAGCCAUCCUUGAUCAAACAUCUCAAACACUACCAUAAAAUUGAAGACACAAACUCAUAUUUGGAAACUAAUAACUGUUAUGACAAAAAUGCUGUUGAUGAACUGAAGGAAAUUAUGAAACUUGCUCCUGGUGAAUCUAGAGAUCCUGUUAAGGAAAAUCAGUGCAGAGUAUGUUUACAAGAGUUUCCUGAUGAGCCUGAACUCAAAAAACAUUUUCGAAUUCAUGGAAUGGCAUUCUUGUUGAGAAAUUCUCGUGAUGGUGCGUAAGUUAUUCUUAGUCCAAUUUCACACAUGUACAGUUAACUUUUUUAAGAUUAUGUUGUUUCAAAUUAUUUACACUGAAUAAAUCUCGUAUUUUCGA